AUGAGCAGCACGCAGUUAACCCCACUCUGCCACAUUCUCAUAUCCACGGCUUCAACCUGCCUCGCUCGUCCCUGCUAUGCCUCUCUCCUGCCCGUCUCCACCCACUCCCCACCCACUGACCAACUUGACCGCCACCACUGCGCCACUGCAGCCCAUGGCUCUGCCAUGCUACCCGGCUGUGAGGAGGAGCCAUCCGCACUGCCAUGUGUUUGCUUGCGUCUCAUUUCAGAUUUGCCAUCCCUACUUGAGCAGCAUGCAACGAGCAGUGUGCAGCUAUCGACCACUUACAUGGCUUUUGCUACCUUACUCUUCACUGCCAUUCCUGUCCCUCCCCACCAUCAUCUCCUCAGCAGAAGGAGGGGCACAUUCAAUACCUGCCCCUUCUCGCCCCCUCCUUCUGCCACAAGGCAUGCGUCCCCCCAUCUCCCAUGUGCAUCUCCCAUGUGCAUCUCCCAUGUGCAUCUCCCAUGUGCAUCUCCCAUGUGCAUCUCCCAUGUGCAUCUCCCAUGUGCAUCUCCCAUGUGCAUCUCCCUUGUGCUGACAUGCCGAUACCUGACAAUGCGCCAGCACCCGUCUGCUUAUGCCUCUGCCCCCUCUCUCGAAUCGCAUGUGCCGACAUGGAAAGACGAAAGCGAAACGCGGAGGGGGGGGGGGGAACGAGAGAGGGGAGGGAAAUGGGAGAAGGAGAGGACUAGUGUGGGCUUGGCACGGAAGGGCAGUCGAGUCAUGAGGCAACAGACGCCUGCGAUCCCGACCGACCGCCAAGAGACUUGGGCAGGAAAGGUGGGCAAGGCAGGAAAGGUGGGCAAGGCAGGAAAGGUGGGCAAGGCAGAAAAGGUGGGCAAGGCAGAAAAGGUGGGCAAGGCAGAAAAGGUGGGCAAGGCAGAAAAGGUGGGCAAGGCAGGAAAGGUGGGCAAGGCAGGAAAGGUGGGCAAGGCAGGAAAGGUGGGCAAGGCAGGAAAGGUGGGCAAGGCAGGAAAGGUGGGCAAGGCAGGAAAGGUGGGCAAGGCAGGAAAGGUGGGCAAGGCAGGAAAGGUGAGGAAGGCAGGAAAGGUGAGGAAGGCAGGAAAGGUGAGGAAGGCAGGAAAGGUGAGGAAGGCAGGAAAGGUGAGCAAGGCAGGAAAGGUGAGGAAGGCAGGAAAGGUGGGCAAGGCAGGAAAGGUGGGCAAGGCAGGAAAUGUGGGCAAGGCAGGAAAGGUGGGCAAGGCAGGAAAUGUGGGCAAGGCAGGAAAGGUGGGCAAGGCAGGAAAGGUGGGCAAGGCAGGAAAGGUGAGGAAGGCAGGAAAGGUGAGGAAGGCAGGAAAGGUGAGGAAGGCAGGAAAGGUGAGGAAGGCAGGAAAGGUGAGGAAGGCAGGAAAGGUGAGGAAGGCAGGAAAGGUGAGGAAGGCAGGAAAGGUCUCCCGCUCCCUCCUCGCCUUCUCCUGCCGCCGCCUGCGCUCCUCCACUCGCUCCUGA